CCUUCCUUCCUUCCUUCUUUCCUUCUCCUUCCUUCCUUCUUUCCUCCUUCCUUCUUUCCUUCCUUCCUUCCUUCUUUCUGAUUUGUCAGAGCUCUUGACGUACUAGAGAUCUCAGCCCUUGCUGAUGUGAGUUACGGACCCCCCCACCCCCCGCCCCCGGUUUAUCGUCUUUGACUUUUCACUCCACCUUUGGCCUGUUUUGCCAGCCAGAAGCCUGAGCGUGUCAGCGGUGGCCUUUUCUUGUGUGGUUUCUGGGUCUGUGUCCCGUGUUCAAGGGCUUCCCACAGCGAAAUGGUUUUCAGACCCUCUCCACGUUUCCCCUGGUAUUUGCACAAGCUAGUUUCUGUACGUUUAAGCCUCUGACAGCGCAGGCUGGGGCGUGGCCCCCAGAAGACUCGCCAUGUUUCUGACCAACGCUCAGGGCGCCCGGCUUCCUGCCGGGGCGGCUUUACACCUCUCCUGCGUAAGAGGGGAAGUGAGAGACGGGAGGGUGGCCACCACUCUGGCGGGGGCGGGUGGAGGUCUCAGCUGCGGGGGCUGUGAUGUGGGCACACCGGACGCCCGUUCCUCCCAGGGUCCGUAGGCAGGCGUCCCCUCCCGUUCUCCUGUCCACUCUUGGGUAGGGCCUCUGUCUGCCCCGCGGGGCCGUGGGCACAAGAUGUGUGGGUGGCUGAUGGGGGUGGUCGGGGACAGGGGCCGGGAGGCGGAGCCCGGCUCUGGACUGGCGCCCUCACCCUCCUGCCCGCAGCAAGAGGCCGAGUCCAACCUUCGCAAGGCCAAGCAGGGCUACGGGCAGCGCUGUGAGGACCACAGCAAGGCCCGCUUCCUGGCGGCCAAGGCCGAGGAGGAGCAGGCAGGCACGGGGCCCGGGGCCGCGGCGUCCAAGACCCUGGACAAGCGGAGGCGUCUGGAGGAGGAGGCCAAGAACAAGGCGGAGGAGGCCAUGGCCACUUACCGCACGUGUGUGGCCGAUGCCAAGACGCAGAAGCAGGAGCUGGAGGACGCCAAGGUGACGGUGUUGCGGCAGAUCCAGGAGGUCAUUCGGCAGAGCGACCAGACCAUCAAGUCGGCCACCAUCUCCUACUACCAGAUGAUGCACAUGCAGACGGCCCCGCUGCCCGUGCACUUCCAGAUGCUGUGCGAGAGCAGCAAGCUGUACGACCCCGGCCAGCAGUACGCCUCCCACGUGUGCCAGCUGCAGCGGGGCGAUGAGCCGGACGUGCGCUACGACUUCGAGCCCUACGUCUCCACCAACACCUGGUCUCCGGUCAUGCGCACCCGGAAGGGUAGCCUCAACGUCAGCGACGCUGUGGGGACAGAGGCCGCUGGCGGUCCCGAGGAGGAAAGCGGGCCCACCGAGGGGGCGCUGGCCAAGGACCGCAGGGGUGGGCGUGGCCACCAGGUGCACAAGUCGUGGCCCAGCAGCGCCGCGGACUCCGACGGCAGCCUGGACCCCGGCCCUGGCUCAGGGGACUUCAAGAAGCUGCAGCGGAUGUCAUCCGGCGAGGAGCUGGCGGACCAGGACGGCAGCGCAGAGUCAUCAGCCUUCGAGCAGGCCGACCUCAACGGCAUGGCCCCCGAGCUGCCGGUGGCCGUGCCCAGCGGGCCCUUCCGCCACGUGGGGCUGUCCAAGGCGGCGCGAACGCACCGGCUGCGGAAGCUGCGCACGCCAGCCAAGUGCAGGGAGUGCAACAGCUACGUCUACUUCCAGGGCGCCGAGUGCGAGGAGUGCUGCCUGGCCUGUCACAAGAAGUGCCUGGAGACGCUGGCCAUCCAGUGCGGCCACAAGAAGCUCCAAGGCCGCCUGCAGCUCUUCGGCCAGGACUUCGGCCAGGCGGCCCGUGGCACGCCCGACGGCGUGCCCUUCAUCGUCAAGAAGUGCAUCUGUGAGAUCGAGCGGCGGGCGCUGCACACCAAGGGCAUCUACCGUGUCAACGGGGUGAAAACGCGCGUGGAGAAGCUGUGCCAGGACUUCGAGAACGGCAAGGAGCUGGUGGAACUGUCCCAGGCCUCGCCCCACGACGUCAGCAACGUCCUCAAACUCUACCUGCGCCAGCUGCCUGAACCGCUCAUCUCCUUCCGCCUCUACCACGAGCUCGUGGGGCUGGCCAAGGACAGUCUGAAGGCGGAGGCCGAGGCCAAGGCGGCGUCACGGGGCCGGCCCGACGCCGCCGAGAGCGAGGCUGCAGCCGUGGCCAUGGCGGGCCGGCUGCGGGAGCGCCUGCAGGGCCUGCCGCCCGAGAACAGGGCCACGCUGCGGUACCUGCUGCGACACCUGCGCAGGAUCGUGGAGGUGGAGCAAGACAACAAGAUGACCCCGGGGAACCUGGGCAUCGUGUUUGGACCCACGCUGCUGCGGCCAAGGCCCACCGAGGCCACCGUGUCCCUGUCCUCCCUGGUGGACUACCCCCACCAGGCCCGCAUCGUGGAGACCCUCAUCGCCCACUACGACCUGGUCUUCGAGGAGGAGCCCGAGGACGACGCGGAUGACCAGCGGGCUGAGGAUGGGGUGCAGGCGCCGUGCCCGGAGGCGGGUGCAGGGGCUGCCCUCCCGCUGCGGGAGGAGGCUGCAGACGGGGGUCCAGAAUCCCAAGUGGCCUCCAACGACUCCGACUCCGAGGGGGAGGAGGCCUCGGAGUUGCCGUCCCCGGCGGGCAGGGGCGCGUACCGCCUCAGCUUCCUGGAGAAGCAGGGCAGCGAGGCCAGCGUGGAGGAGGCCCAGGGCAGCGGCAGCGGCAGCGAGGAGCAGCUGGGGGCCGGGGCUGGAGAGGGCCUGGCAGAGCAGCUUUCCGAGUUCAACACCAAUCAGUGCAACAAUGUGGCCGAGGUCGGACUGCCCAUCACGUGGCUCCACGGUGGGCAGAUCGCAGCGGGCACCGGCCACGAGAGGCAGCCCGAGUUUGUGUAGCUGGGGCGCGGGGCACGCCGUGUGUUCCCGGCUCCCAUCCCUGUGGGUGUCCAGUCACCGGGAGGCCACGGGAGGCCUCUUCCUUCAAGCCCAUACCGGUGAGGGCAUUGCCGGCUGCCUCUUCCAGAAGCUUCUGGGGCACUGGGUGAGGCCGAAGCCCGCACUGCCUGCCUGUGUGCCCCGGCGACCCGACCCAGCCUCGCUGGGAGAUCCCGCUGUCCAGUCGUCUGGGGACUGACUGUGUGCUCAGAGAAGCCUCGGACGUCCCUGCCGCGUGGCCCUGCCCCCGGGGCCAGCUGCCCUGUGGGCCUACAAGCUCUGCCUUGACCUCUCACCGCUGGGCCACCACCGAAGGCCACUCUGAAAGCCAGAUGGCAGCGGCCAGUGGCAGCACCACGCCCUUGCUUUCCUGGAAAACCGAGUCGGGACGCUUGGGGUUUAGACGCGUGGUGAGCUCCAUCAUCUUGGUCACGAUGUACGUCUUUCACAUGCACAUUUACUCUGCUUAAAAUAAAGUUUAGAAUCCGAGCCUA